GGAGAUCCAGUUCUUCGCGACACUUUUCUCUGGUCUUUUUUUUUUUUUUUCAACGACGUGACUUUGCAUCUUAGCCGUCGACCGCAACGCUAGCCCUUCGCCGUCGAGAGGUGUCCGUGCCGACGGACAUGCUGCGUCGGUGGCCCUCGGUGCGAUCCGUUUACGGUUCCACCCUGAGCCUGUUCGAGGACUCGUCCAAGUACCGCGUGAGUUUGAGCGACGUCGCGGGUUCGCUUCCGAGAUGGCGCGUGAGCAUGUCCCUCUCAAGACGUCUCCAGAUGAGCGAUGGGCGGCGAAGUCAAGUGGUUCUCCUGGAUGAGCGUCGCCUCGACAUUCUUAUUCAGCCAAGGCUGUACGCCUGCGACCUCCUCGACAUGGUGGCCUCCCACUUCAACCUCAAGGAGAAAGAGUACUUUGGCCUGGCAUUUCUCGAUGAAACGGGCCACUAUCAUUGGCUGCAGCUCGACAAGCGGGUUCUUGAGCAUGACCUGCCCAAGAAGUCGUCUCAAGGUUCCUUGGUGCUCUACUUUCUGGUCAAGUACUAUGUGGAAAGCAUUUCUUUGUUGAAAGAUAGCGCCACUGUGGAAGCAUUUUACCUUCAGUGCAAAUCGCUCAUUGCCAAGGGUGCAUUGGAAGUGGACUCUGAAACGGUGUUUCAGCUUGCUGCUCUAGUCCUUCAAGCAACAUACGGAAACUAUGUUGAUGAUCAAACAACAAAAACUCACCUCAAGAAGCUUCCUGUUCUUCCUACCAGCACACUCAAAGCACAUCCGUCCAUCUCCUACUGUGAAGGCAAAGUCAUUGAACAUUACCAGGAACUGGCAGGACGCUCAAGAGGUUCAGCCAUUAUUGCAUACAUGAACCUCGUAGAAAACCUGCCAACAUAUGGCAUUCAUUUUUACGAAGUCAAAGACAAGGGAGGCAUUCCCUGGUGGGUUGGACUCAGCUAUAAAGGAGUCAGCCAGUAUGACUAUAACGACAAGAAAACGCCGCGACGGUUCUUCCAGUGGAAACUACUGGAGAACCUGUAUUUUCGUGACAAGAAAUUCUCCAUAGAAGUUCACAACCCAAGAAGAGUGGUCCAUGCCCUGAGCAGUUUCAAUGUGUACGAGGAUGUGAUAGAGGCACCCCCUGAAGGGUUUGAUCCCCUGGCUGAUGCCAUUAGCGAUUCCACAACCCAAGUGUCGGUAAGCAGGAGAACUUUCGGGCCUGGCAAUGUGACGGUGGUUGUCUGGUUUGCGGCCACACCGGCCCUGACCAAGAGCAUUUGGUCAAUGGCCAUUGCCCAGCACCAGUUCUACUUGGACAACAAUGUUGGCAAGAGGAAGAUUGAAGAUGUAAGCUGCCUGGAAAAGUUUGCUGCAGAGUUGUCUAAGAGUUCCCAGUCGCUGUCAUCAACCAGCACAGGAUCUAACCUGAGCAGAAGCGCAAGUUGCCAUAGUCUUCCUGCCAUCAAAAUCGAAGACGAGACAGACCAGCCACAGGUGAACGAAGAGGCCGAGCGGGCAAAGCAGGAAAUGCUGACGGCACUUAAGGCUCGCAAGGAGGCCCUCGAGGAGGCGCUGCGGAAGAAGAUUGAGGAGCUGAAGUCUGUAUGCCUCAAGGAAGGCGAGGUGACGGGGGAGCUGCCUCCGGAGAUGCCCCUAGCACCCGGGGAGCCCCCUCCUCAAGUGCGUCGGCGUAUCGGCACGGCCUUCAUCCUCGAUGACCAGCUAUUAUCCAGUGCAAAGAGCAAGGAGGAGACACUAAGCUCGCUGGAGCUGGAGUAUGAGCUGCAGAACAAGAUCACGAGCGCUGCUCUGAGGUUGGCCAGCGACAUGAGUGCAGACAGGAGCCUGAGGAGGCAGCGAAAGCUGAGCUACCAGCAGGCGCAAGAAAAGCUCAAGCAGGUUGAACAGAAGCUGGGAACACUGAAGAAACAGAAGAAUCAUGGCAAACUCAAACCUGUACAGCAGUCUGAUGAUGAACCAAGCGAGGACAACAUCAGUCAGAGCACUGCAGGCAGCGACACUCCAUUUAGAGGAAGCAGCAAUACAUCGGAUAUCAGCCCCACAGCGUCGCCGAAGCUUAGCAGCUAUGACGGCCAUUUAACAGAGAAGCAUGGCCGCUUGCCUACAGUUAGCUCGGUGCCCAGUGACAUGCGGCUGUCACCAUCUCUGGCUUCAGUAUCUGCCCCAGCCAGUCCCUGUAAACAUAGGACAGCUCCCGGCAGGACUGCAUCCCCGGGUGUGGCUUGGACUGGCUACGGCUCUGGAUAUGCCCCCAGCAACGUCUACCAGACCAGGACCGCAUAUCGUCGCCAACAGUACCCGACACUCACCAGCUCGGGUUCAGCAGGCUCCAGCCCAGUGCCCCUCAAGUUCCCCUAUAGAGACAGGUUUGAAUCAGUCGUGAAUGUGGAAGGAAGCAAUCUCUAUAGUGUGCCAACUCAAAGAACAAGCCAGGCAUUUGACAGCCAGGAUGAUCUUAUGACAAACAGCCCUUCAGAGCCCCAAGAUCUGGGUUUGGUGUCCAGGCACAACAGCCUUGAAAGCAACCGACGUCAUCAUCGCCGUGUUGCUGGUACCUCAUUGCAGCCUGUCUCUCCCACCAAGCAUGACUCAGCAACACCUCCAAGGCCUACUGCUCCAGCUUGGACCGGUCCUCCAAUCACUCCUCCCAUGUGUCCGCCAGGACAAUGUACUCCAGGACAGUGUCCACCAGGACAGUGUGAUCCAGGGCAAUGUACAACAGUGCAAUGUGCUCCUGGCAAUUGUGAACCAAUACAGUGUUCUCUAGAACAAUGUGCACCAAUGCAGUGUGCUCCUGGGCAGUGUUCUCCUGGGCAGUGUUCUCCUAGGCAGUGUUCUCCUGGGCAGUGUGCACCUGGGAAGUGCGUUCCAGUGCCGUGUGCAUCUUUGCAGUCACCGCUGGCUCAGUGCUCUCCCACACAGUAUCUGCCAGGUCACUGUGCACCAAUGCAGUGUCCGCCAACGGAGAGAGUUGAAAGCCACCCACGCCUACCACCACACAUUCAGCAUCAAUAUCGUACGGCAUCGCCUCUGCAAAUACGGCGAACUGUUUCUGGAUCACUAUCCUACCCCGAAAGUUUUCCUCCACCACCGAGCCCAGUAGUUGGCGGCAACCAGCACCACCCGAGCAAGUCUUACUCUUAUCACGAAAACAUGGUGCGACACAUUGAUGAGUGCGGAGUGCCUGUGUUUGUUCCCGUAGACAGUGAUGGAAGGCUGCGCUACCAAGAUGCAGUGCACCGUCCUACCGAGCCCGUUCCCAUCUAUCACAAGCCACCAAUGUCGCCAGCCCUCAUGCAGCACCACCUUGCCCACCGAAAGAAGCUGCAGGAGGCGUGCGGUGACAACUUUCCAGGCAGGCCACUGUCUAGCAUGUCUGCCUCAAACUAUCCAGCAUUUCAGCGGGUUCACCCGGACCCUUAUCACAGUCAGCCCACCAGCCCGACUGGCUACAGCGCAGCUCACAGUACCAAACUGGAGACGUUACAAGAGGGACACAGUGGCGCUUACAGCAACCAUACUGUGUCGGUGACUUCUUCAAAGGCAUUUGCUUCGGUCACUCAGUCGUACAGCACGGAAACCCUAAAGCACCGCACCAAAGACUGGGUGGAAACUUCUCUCGACUCUCCUCUUCCGGCGAGGAAGCCAUCAAAACAGCAGGAGCCGCCUCCAGUCUCACCUUCUCGUGCCUCUGUGCUGUCGUCAGGCAGUGAAAGCUUGCCUGAAGUCUUCCAGAGUCCUGGAGUGAUGCUGUCCCGUCACAACAGUUGUCGAGAGGGCAGAGUGGCUGUAGAAAGCCCACAACUUGAAAGGGACAAGAUUUGUUCGCCGUUGCACCAGCCCAGCCCAAAAACUAUGCCAGGUGUCGAGCUGAACAUUGUCACAGUGGGACACUUCCAGCCCUACUGGGAAGAGACAAAGCCCUAUGAGAUCUCAGACUUCUACAAGUACAGCACAAAACAUCGCAAGCCGUCGGGAGGCCAGGAUUCGACUAGAAGCCCGAGCCAGUCUGGCAACUCCAGCGGCCUGGUGUCUCCCGUGCUGAUGUCUCCUGUCUCCGCUGAUAGCGUGUCCAGGGAGAGGGAUGAACAGCCGCACGCUCAUUCUUCACUUUCGGAACACAUGAAGAUGGUGGAAAGGAGUCCUCCAGAUGGAAUGGCUGCUGUUGAGGAACCACAUUCAGGCCGCAGUGCCGACAGUAGCUUGAACCUGGACAGGUCAUCAGUUGCGGAUGCCUUCCACGAAGAAAUGAUUGCAUGGUAUCAGGACCAAGACUCCGGCAAUAAAGCAACACUUGUGUAAAUGAAACUGCGUGUAGAUAAAUUCAGGUGCUAUAGAACAAGAAAAUAUUCAUCAUUAUAUAACUGGACCUUGCAAGUGAGAGUUUUAUAGAAGACAAUGUACAUAAUUGUUUUUAAUUGUGUUCUGCAAAGUAUUUAUUGUAAACAUCAUCAUUUUAUACAAAUAAAUUUUAUAUUCUUUUUAAAUACCUU